CACAUUUUUAAAAAAACCAUGGGACACAAACGAAAAAAGUUUUCUGAACGUGUGGCCGAGAGAAACGCCAGAGGAUUCAACGAAUCACCAUUCAAAAAUGCUGCUUCAGAUACGCCAAAGGCAUUUUCAAGGAUUAUGUUCAAGAAGGAAUCGAUUGAAAAGAAGAGAGAGGAGCAGAAAAGAAAUAAUAAAUCAGUAUCAAGCACAGAUCAUGGUCGUACAAAGACUGGCGCCAACCAUAACAGCAAUAAACUCAAUGACAAAGAGAAUGGUAAGAAACAUUCAACUGAAGAACUCAGGAUCAAGCCUAAUGAAAAGAUGAGCGAAUUUUCACGGCGUGUGGAUGAAUUCAUGCGAGAUAAAUUGAUGAAGGCAACAAUGGACAACACCUCAAAGGGAUCCAAGAAAAAAAAAUAUUUUGAAAAACUCAAAGAAAAGGAAAAGGCUAAAAAGCUUAAGGCGCAGGAAGAAAAAGCGUACGAAGAGUUUGAGACUAUCAAGGAUAAAGUUCGACUGAAUGAAAUUGCUGACGCACCACCAACUUUGACAGCACUUCCCAAAAAGCGCAAGAAUGACGAUUUUAUGGUCAACAAACAAUGGAAGAAUACUCCUGGAGAGGAAGAUUAUGAUGAUAUAGUGGCUGAAGUUACCAAUAAGGAGAAGAAGCGGAAAACCGAUGCCAGUAGCGAUGAUCCCAUGUCAACUACUGCCAAGAAAUCUUCGCGGCUUAAGAGUUUGACGCCUGCUGGCAGGCGUAUCAUUGAGGAGGAACGGAAAAAGGCCAUUGAAAACUAUAGAUUGAUGAAGGCACGGAAGGCCCUUGAAAGGGAUACCGAGCUGGAUGAGGAUGCUAUCGCAGAUGAUGCGGAAGCAGCAGCAGUGGGAUUUUGAUUUUCUUGAUUUUUUUUUUUUUUUUUUUUUUUUU